AUGCUUAAAUAUAACAUAAACGAAGUCAUAUACAAUCAUUUUGGAAUUUCUAAUACAGACCCAAGUAACGCGCAUAAUUAUCGUUGCAUUCGUAAGAAUUGCAAUCCUCAGGACGGCUUCUUCUCCUCCUUUUGGGGCCUUUACCUGGCAUUGUGUUUCCUCCUCAGUCGCACACCCAAUGAUGUUGGUAUCGUCCGAUUGCUCUUCAUCCACAUCACUGCAACCAACAACAUCAAUAAAAGCUUGCCUUCCACGUCACCUCUAUCCCGCCUUCACUAUCUUCUUCGACGAGUCUCCUGGUGUCUCCAGAAUCUCUUCGUUGUGAGGACUAGUCUUGAGUCUUCACACCACCGUCGCCAGCAGCAUCAGAAGCAGCAGUCACGAAAGCGUGGAAUGGUUACUUCAUUGACUUCCUGUGACCGGAAGAGUGGCGACGAGGAAUGUGAGACGGCCUCACGGUUCCUUGCUGCCAGCAGGCAGCAAGGGCGGCAGUCUCAACUCGCACUGUGGCCGAUGGAGGUCUGUGGGGGUACGGAGCGGUCGCUGUCGUCACAACUGUCCUCUACACCAACGCCUCCACCGCUGCCGAGGACAACCACACCGGAGUCAUUAGUGCUGUCGCCGUUCGAUGGUGGAUUGGCGGACGAUGAUUUCAUGACAGUGGCCUGCGAGUCGGGUAGUUGUCGCCAAUCUUUGGGUUCAGCGCAUUCCACGAGCAACCUUCAAUUACCACUCUCACACUGUCGUCGCGCCUCCUCUUCUAUCCUUUCUCCUGUGCCUGAAGGAGUCGCUUCACCUCCCUCUGCGGCUCCUCUUUUUUCCGCUGCCGCUGGUAUUGAUACCUCCUCUUCCUCCUCUGAUAUCCACGACCCUCUGCCAGGUCGAACAGUCGCCGCCAUGCUCAUCCGCAUCCGCAACGACUUCCUCCUCAUCAUCAUCUGGGCUAUCCUCGGUUUUGCAGUCCACGUGAGUACGGUAUUCACCGUUCCGACCCUCCAACCAACCCUCCCACGCCUACUCACCUGGCUUCUUAUUGUGUGGGGUUUUGCGCUGCAUUAUGUGUGGCCGCAGCUUCGAAAGCCCUUCCCCUGGCUCCUCUUAGCGCAUCCUGUUUGUCCACCCGCCGCGGACGGACGAGUGACGGCCCUUGAAAUCGUCUACCACUGGUGCCAUUGGUUGGAGAAGUAUUUUCUGGUGCCUGCUGUGACUAUGGCCACUGCUACGAAGGCUCUGAUUCCCUUGGCCGCGAAAUUUGGAAAUGUAGGGGCCACCCUCAUCCUGCUUGUGACCUCCAUGAAGCUGCUACGUCAUGGAUUUUCCGGUGCCACGCGUAUGUUCCUCAACUUCUUCUUCGCAGAGGUCCUGUUCACCUGCGACUUUCCUGGUCUGAGUGAAACAUUCCCUGUGGACUACUUCUUUGUAUCAAUCAUUUUAACUAAGGUGGCUGAACUGUGGAGCAAACUCUCUUUCGUGUACAUUUACAUCGCUCCCUUCCAGGCCAGCUGGGGAUCCAUUUGCCAUGCUGUCGCACAGCUGGCCUCUAUUCCGCCCUGCUUAUCUUAUCCAAUCCUCGCUGUACAGUGCUUCCUUGACCCCGACAUAUUCAGAUUUUAUAUCUACCCUGGGGAAUUGCAUUUUCUCCACAGUGCUUUCAGCCCCACUGGAACCGUUUGUUGCAAGCGUCUUCUUCAUUACCUCCUACACCAGACCUAUCCGGUUCUGGGAGGCCACGCAAAAACUACCAUCGCAAUCACAGAUCCCACUCUUACGAUCCCAUUCUUCUCCACAUUCCAUAGAAUCCACCGGAUAGAAUCGACUAAUACCUCACUCUUCUCCCAACUGCGCGGAGUCUCAUUCGAACAGGUGACCGCCAACCUGAACGCUAUCUUUUACGAGCAUAUCGCACGGUGCCUGCAACAGCGUCUUGCAGGUGACAUCGCACUGGGUCGAUGGUCCAGCAGCAACGUGCAGGCUGGCGAUAUUUUUAUUCUCGCCUCUGAGGAGCUUCAUUUCCUCCUCCACAUCAUCGAGGUUGGAAAUGGUCUUGUUACCUUCCAGAUCCGCGGCCUUGAAUUCGCUGGCACGUACUGUCAUGAGCAGGAGAGCAACGGUCUGUCGGAGCCGCAUUUGGGGGGCCGGGACUUCUGCUGCUGCACCCUGCGCCGUCUGCCCGCUGCCUUGCUCAGUCCCAACUCAGCCAUUCGCCUGCGCUGGCUGGCCUGGCAGUUCGUCCACACGCCCUACACCAUUGAGGGCUAUCGUCUCAUUGACCACAGCGCUGCUACCUCCCUCCAGGUCAUCGAUUUUCGCAAGAUUGUCCUCGCUCUCUUCAUUCAGUGUCUCCUCUACUUCACGGCACGGCUGCCAAAUCUGUCGGGUCGGUUACAACUUUUCUCCGCUGAAUUGACCGAACGCUUUGUGGGUGAGAACAAGGCGGAUUUGGAUCCCGUCUUCAGCAAGAUUUUCGACGAGGAUUUUGAUGAGUCCGUCUCAGGUGUGACUCGUGCUGCCUUCAUUCGGGUCUACGCCGAGUGGAUUCGCUACUGUCUCUCUAAAUGUCCAGAAAAUAAGGUAUCUAGAAGUUACCUAAGGACAAACACGCUAUGCUAG